AUUUUGAAUGCAUUAGCUCGUUGAUAUAAAGUAUGUAAGCAUGCUUACUCUUUGGCUCAAAAUCUGGACCCUAACAGUGAGGGUAGGGGUGUAUAAGUUCAAGACUGGGUUGAUGUAUGUAAUUAAGCAAAAACUAGCUAAACGGGAAGGUGGAACUAUUGACAGAAGUCAACACAUUGUUCGCUUACUAGAAUUCUACAGACUAUAUCGAGAGCGCCAUAAUGUGGAUAAGCUUCGAGAAGAGGAGUUGACAUUGAGAGAGUCAGGUGUUUUCAGCGGUAACCUUGGAGAGUUGGAGCGGAAGACCAUUAAGAGGAAAAAGGUUCAAGGAACCCUGAAGGUUCUGGGAACAGUCCUAGAACAGCUGAGUAAGGAGCUUCCACAUGAAGAAGCUGAAAGAUUAAUACCGCGAGAGCUGAAAAAUAUGAUGGAAUCUGAUGCAGCCAUGAUCGAGGAUCUGACUUAUAAUAUUAUUCCAUUUGAUGUCACUACGACAACAAAUUUUAUUGUUUCUUUCCUGGAGGUUCGUGCUGCCACUUCAGCUUUGAAGUACUUCGAUGGUCUGCCAAACUUGCCCAGAACGUUCUCCAUACCAACAACAAGGAGUGCAGAUAUAUUUGAUUUCUUGCAUUUUACAUUUGGAUUUCAGAAAGACAAUGUAUCUAACCAGUGUGAGCACAUUGUUCAUCUUCUCGCUAUUGAGCAAAGCAGGUUUCAAAUUCCCGAGGAACCUGAACCGUUUUUGGACGAGGCUGCAGUCCAGAAGGUAUUUUUGAAGUCCUUAGACAACUACAUUAAGUGGUGCAACUAUCUGGGUAUCUUGCCAGUGUGGAGCAACCUUGAUGUUAUCAACAAGGAAAAGAAGGUGCUGUUCAUUUCUUUGUAUUUCUUGAUAUGGGGUGAAGCUGGCAAUGCUCGAUUUCUUCCAGAAUGCUUGUGCUACAUAUUUCAUCAUGAAACUAGAAACAAUGAUAAUGGGCGGGCACCUUAUUCAGCUUGGAGAAAUUAUGAUGAUUUCAAUGAGUACUUCUGGCACAACAUCAAGAAGCCAUGUUAUUCCUCAACGUGGGGCUCAACAAAUCCAGUGUAUCCAACAAGUGGGAGGGUAAGAUGUAUGUUAGCCUUACCUGUACCUGUACCCAUACAAAGUAGUUUGUCUUUGAAAGAAUCUCGGCUCAAAAUGAAUAGAAUCAAAGUAUGUUAGCCUAAUGUUAACGAAUAAGUACUUCAUUCUAAAAUAAAUGCAACAAUCAAUUUUUUGACAUUGUAUUGUUUGUCAACACAUUCAAAACUAAAAAAAGGGAAAGGAU